UGUAUGUAUUUAUAUAAAUAGACAAAGAUGACGCUUAAAGUUACGAAGCUUGCAUUAACGAGUCGCCUCAUCGUUCUGGCUGUCCAAAUGUUGGCCAAUUGGGCUGUGCCGGAUCAUAAGCCAGAUGUAUUUCGCAUGCCAAUGCCCAUAGUGAAUGCCACGGUGCCCGUACAUGGUCUGGACACACUUGUGACGACCUGCUUGGGCGGCUUGAGGCACUGGGAUGGCGAAUACUUUCUGCAUAUAGCCUACUAUUUGUAUACUUACGAGAAUACGCUGGCCUUCUAUCCACUGUAUCCAGUGCUCAUACGGAAUAUGGCCAUGGUUUGUGAGACCUUCAAUGUGCCUAUGUCGCGGCACGUUCUCAUGCUAUUAAUCGCUGUCGUUCUUAACUUGUGGCUCUUCUGCAAGGCGGCCAAUUACCUAUAUCAGCUGACGCAGCGUGUCUUUAAUGAUCUACACAAGAGCUGGAAUGCGGCACUAAUUUUUUGCUUCAAUCCGGCGAGCAUUUUCUUCAGUGCUGUCUACUCGGAGUCGCUGUUCGCUUACGCUAGCUUCAUUCUGAUGCUGGAAUGUGUUCGGCCAAAGCAACAGUUUAAUUUUGUACGCAUUUGCGUCAGUUUGACGGCCUGCAUCCUGUGCCGCUCCAAUGGAUUGAUCGCCGUCGGCUUCCCGCUGUAUUUCUUUGCGCGCCAUAUGAUACUUACUGCAAACGUGAAACGCUGCAAGCUACUCAUCAGUAUGUCACUGGCAAUAAUCAUCCCAUUAGGCGUCUUACAUGCCUACUACUUUUACAUAUAUCGGAUGUACUGUAUGCCCAGCACUAGAGUGAAGCACCCAGAGCAGGUGGUGCAUUACGGAGACGAUAGGAACUAUCUGCUUGCCGGAAGGGGGCCGGAGGGAUCGCCUUGGUGCCAGUAUACCUUGCCAUUCCCCUACAAUUAUGUGCAAUCUACCUAUUGGGAUGUCGGCUUCUUGCGCUACUAUCAGUGGAAACAGUUGCCCAACUUUUUGCUCGCAAUGCCCAUGUUAGUCUUUAUGCACUGGCACUGCUUCGAUUAUUUUUGGUUUUGGGCCACAAAACUGACGCCUCAGGCUUCAAGCUGGCGGGAGUUGUUGAAGGCACAAAAACCGCUACCAUUUGUUCUGCAUGGCGCCUUCUUGACCCUCGUCUGUGCCCUGUUUGUGAACAUUCAAGUGUCUACGCGUUUGUUGGCCUCGGCCACGCCUAUUUUUUAUUGGUUUGCUGCUGAUCAUAUGCCAAAGUCGCUGGCGCAACUCUCGUUCCGCUCAAAGGCUGGAGCUUUAUUUAUCUGGUGCACCACGUAUUGUGCUUGUGGCACGAUUCUAUUCGCCAACAAUUUCCCCUGGACUUGAACACUAGCUAUAUAUUUAUAUAUAUGUAUUGG